AUGUUGAGUAAUAGAACUAUAAAUUUAGAAAAUGAUAGAGAUUCACAAUUAGUAAAAUCAGGAUCAUAUAUUUCAAUAAGAUUAAAUGAUUUAGAAAAAUAAUCUGAAAUAUUACUACCUAUAAGUUCUAAAUAUUUAAAAAAAAGAAUAAAUAUUAACAAUCUGAUUACUAAAAAAAUGAAGAUUUACUCUCUUAAAAAUGUGUACACAUACUUUUAGUAGAUGAUAUUCCUUUUAAACAAAUAGCAAACAUGA